GAAAUAGCCGGGCGGGGAUGUCUAAAAGCCUUAUAUUAUAAGGAUAUACUUAUAAUAAUUAUUUGCUAUUUAGUAACGGGACGAGCCGUAUUAGUAAUAGCUAUUAAGUUUAUUUAUUAUAGAAAAGCUAAUAAUAAACUAAGACCGACUAUUUUCUUUUUUAUACUUAUAAAAAGGUUUAUGUUUUAUACCGUUAGUACUAUUAUUACUCUAGCGCUCUAUAACUAA